GUUGACCAAGCAAGCUGUCCGACACGAAUACAUCUUUCGAAAAAAUAUCACCUGAUACCUCUUUCCCAUGGUUCGCAGAGGACGAGGCACCAAACGGCCCCUACCAGCUCCAACUGACUACCAUAGCUCUCAUGGCACCACGAUCAUUCGAGGCACAUCGACCAGGCCACUGAUUUCCUACCAGGCCAAUCAACCAGCCGUGAUUCUAGCGGACGUUGCCGAACCGAUAUCUGAGGCUGAAUCACCCCCACAAGAAUCAAAUGUAAAGGAGGAUGAAAAAUCUGAAAGCGAUCGCAAGUCGGAAAUGGAGGACGAUCGACUGUAUUGCGUUUGCAGGACAUUGUACGAUGGUCGAACUAUGAUUGCGUGUGACCGAUGUGACAAUUGGUACCAUAACGAUUGCGUGGGGAUCGAGGAAGAUUCAGUUGAAUUGGUAGACAUUUUUAUCUGCCCAAGCUGUCAAACUGGUGCCGAUAAGCAGACAACGUGGAAAAAAAGGUGUGCGCGGCUUGGUUGUCAUUUGGCGGCACGCGUGCUCUCAAAAUAUUGCAGUGAUUGGUGCGGUAUCGAACGCGCUGCCAAUCGCCUAAAUAAUGCUACAACCGACUACCAACGAUUUUGGAACUCUGUACGAGCAGUCACCAAGCCAGAAGGCGUGGUGAUCAUUGAAUGUGAAGAACCGGCCGAGUCAUCAAGUUCUCAAGCCAAUGGAAUUAUACUCGACGACAUUCUACUGAAUCAGCGAACGGAGCGGUUGGAAGAGCUACUGGCCAAAAAACUAGCGGUUGAACGUCAAGUACAAUUAGCCUUGAGCCGAUCAAAAUACCUAGGGUACGCGAUCUCGAGAUGGGAAAACAUGUGUCUUGCCACCGCCAGGGCGCUUCAGAUCCAAGAAGACCCAAGCCCAGAUCAGUCAACAACUGCCGCUCCUGCAACAACCAAACCAAAGAGGGGCGGCGGUGGUCGGGGAAGAGGAAAAGCAAGAGGUGGGGUGAAGAAAUCGGAAACUAGCUUCCUCAGCUCGGCCACAAGCAGUACCGAAGCACCGUGCGGAUUUGAUGUGCGACUAAUAUGGGACGACAAAGAUUGGGCACAAUGGACAUCAUCCGAAGGCUUUUUGGCCCUAUUCCGUUCCCCGGAGUCUGAAAAUCAAGAACCUAUCCAAGAAAACGUGAACACAGAAAGGGUUGAUUCGAAUCCAGAAGCUACAGUAGACUAUGGAAUUGAAGAGGGUGUGAUAUGCUUAAUCAUGAGGAAAAAGUGUGAUCGACAUCUCGGAUGGCAAAAGACGCGUGAGAAUGACUUUCAGACUGAAGUCAACACAUUGGUACAUUGAAUAUGGUUUUGGAUAAAGUAUCGACUCAGAUACAGAGGUUAAAAGAAGAGAUCGAAGAACGAAAAGAGCUUUGGAAGUUCCGAAACGCCAAACAGGCGUCGAAAGGGUCACAGCCCCCCUCCUGAUUUACAGGAUUCUGUUCUUAUACCUUUGAAAAGUAUGGCUCUAUAUGUGUGUUGGCUAUGUAUUCAAUCUCUGGGAUCUCAUCUUUCUUUUGAUGUGUUACAAGUUCAUCAGAGUUUUUUGGAUUUCGUUGGGUUGCGUUAUGUGAUAAUGAGAUGUGUUACUUUCGAAUCUUGAUCCAGAGGAACCUUUUGCUGUGAUUAAAGCUGGAAAUUGUGUGUGUGCUUCAUCCAUUUCUGAUUCAUCUUUGUUGAGC